AUGGCACUGGUGCUGGCUAUUGCUGGGAGUGUGGGGCUGGUUCGGGUGUGGCGAGCUGGUCAGCGAUACCGUGCUACCCGUAUGCUCAUCCUCAUGUUCUGCACCCUCGAGUCGUCGGUGGCCUUUGUGGGCUGGUUCGCCUUCCCCUUUCAGAACAUGAUGUACACCGCACACAUUCUGGAGAACUUGGUCAUCAUCACUGUCGCCCUCAAUCUAUGCAUGUAUGCCUUGACUAUCUCGCGGCAAGAGUUUAUGCUCCGAUCGCUCGUCUUCCCCGCCUUUGGCGGCCUCUACAUCAUGGAGGGUGUCCUAGUCAUCCUCAUCUUUGGUUUUAACGACACCCGCUCCGCAGGCGCCGGCUGCGAGAGCCCCGUGUGGAUGAUCAUGGUGAGCACUGGUGCCAUCAUGACCACCGUCUUUGUCAUUGCCGGCGUCUACAUCCAGGUCAAGCUCAGCUCGCUCGUCGCCCGAAACUCCAUCUCGCGCGCCUACUACCGUGCCAAGAAGCGCAAGCUCUGGAUCCUCAUCAUCAUCUACGCCACCUGCGCAUACCUCUCGCUCGCUUUUUACAUUGUCCAGCUCGCCGUGGCGGCCGGCGACUCGUCAAACGAGCCGUGCUACACCUUUCACGCCUCGUCCGGCACCGCGCUGGUCGUCGAGCGCAUCCUGGUCCACUCUAUCACGUUCUACGUCCCCAUUGCCGCCGUCAUCUAUCAGUUCUCGUCGGUCCGUGGCGAACUCGACGAGUCGACGACCGCGGCAACGGCAGCCAUCGGCGCCUUUUCGCCGCUCAGGGGAUCGUCCUGGUCGCGCGGCACGUCGCCUUACAGCGGCUACGCCUCGCUCGAGUCGUACAACUCGGCUGCAGCGUCGGGCUCGCUGCCGUCGUCGGCCGUACCAGGUGUCUACCGCAUCCAGAGCUCCAAGGGCCUCCUCACUCCGCCGUUCUACAGCAACGACAAGCAGCCGCGUCCGAGCUCGCCGAGCACCGGCCUCGCCGGCCGCGGCAUCCGGGUAGUCAGGAAGGAGUCAGCCGCCACACCUUGA